AUGUCUAGCAAUGCUUUGAAUGAAGAGAUAGAAGCUUUAAAGUCAAUUUUCGAAAAAGACCUAGUUUAUAAUGAUUCAAAAAUUACUAUUACAUUAUUUCCACUUCAAGAGAAAGAGAAAAAAGAAAUUCAUGUUCAAGUAGAUCUUUGCGUAGACUGUUUGACCAAUUAUCCAUUGAAGGAACCUAGAAUAACUUUAAAAAAUGCUGUCGGUCUGUCUGAUAGCCUAUUGGAGGUACUUUAUUGUAAACUUAACGAAAUGGCAAAAGGUCUUAGGGGUGAGGUGAUGAUUUACAAUUUGGCUUAUUUCGUUCAAGAAUUUCUAUCGGAAAAUAAUAAACCUGGUAAAAAAUCAUGCUAUGAGGAAAUGAUCAUAAGAAAAGAACAGCAAAAACAAGAAAAAUAUCAAUCUGAAGUCUUUAAAAAAACUAAAUUGAUUGAAGAGAAACAGAAACAAAUUUUUCAACUGACUGAAAAUGAUUCUUAUGAUGAUAGCGAUGAAGAGCCAGAACAAGUAAAUAAUGCCAUUUUAGGAAAAGAAGAAUUAUGCUCUAAAGAAAUGCAAAGGAAAGAAAUGUUUUGCGAGCACAGAAGUUGCAAAUACAUUCAAUUUAAUAAUAAAAUUUUAAGAGGAAGAUGUAUAGAACAUGAUUCCCACAGUGUGAUAUAUUGUGCCAUAGAUAGUACAACAGGAGAUCAGUUGUUAUUACAAGAAUGGGUUUUAAAGCCCAUUUCAAAUAACGAUUCAAAUAUUUGCAUAAUCCAAGAGAAACUAGAAGAAAUACAGAAAAAUAUUAACAAUUUUAAAAAAUUAUGUCAUGAAAAUCUAAUUUCUUACAUAGAUUUUAAAUGGUCGUUGGAAAAGGGGGAAUGCAUCAUUCAUGUUUUGCAGGAAUAUGUAACUAAUUUUAAUUUGAAUGUUUUGAUUGAAAAAAGUGGAGAUUUAGAUUUAAAUUUUAUUAGGUACAUAACAAUAAGUAUUUUAAAUGGUUUAGAAUAUUUACAUAGUCGUAACAUUGUUCAUGGCUGUUUAACCGGUUCAAACAUUCUUAUCAAUAGAAAAGGGAUUUUAAAACUGUCAGGAUAUGGAAUAAAAAAGAUAAUAGACAACUUACACAAUGUUUGUUCAUCGGAUGACUCGAAACAAAAACCGAAAAACAUAACUGAAAAAAAUGAUAUUUUAGAAGUCGGUUUGUUAUUAUUAAAAAUAAUGAAAUUUUCUGUUAACGAAGAAAAUAUAUUAGUGCCUGAUUUUCAACCUCCUGAAUUUAAAGAAUUCAUUGAAAAGUGUUUAAUUGAAAGUGAAGAAGGAAGAUGGACAGCGAGGAAAUUAUUAAAUCAUAAAUUUUUAAAGUUUAAAAGUAGUUUUGAAAAUGCACCGAAAAAAAGAUUUUCCAAUGGUGAAGUCGAUUUGAAAAUUAACAAAGAAAUGGAAGAACCAUUUAUUGAAAUUUUCGAUGGUGAUGAAAAUGUAAAUUCGAGACUCUCAAAAGAAUUUAAAAUAUUAAGUCAUGUCGGGUGUGGAUCAUUUGGAAAAGUUUUAAAAGUGAAAAAUAAACUUGAUGGUAGUAUAUAUGCCAUCAAAGCAAUUAGAUUGAGUUCGAAAAAUCAACAAAUGGAUAAAAAAAUGAUAAGGGAAGUAAAACUUUUAUCAAAGCUGAAUCAUGAAAACGUUGUAAGGUAUUAUACAUCUUGGAUUGAAAGAGAUUCUUUACCAAUAGAUGUUUCUUCUCCAUUAAUAGAUUCUGAUAUUGUGGAUGGGCUGUCUGGAAAGAGAGUAAAUAAAAGUAACGUGGUAAAUUUUGAAGAUGAUGAAGAAGAAGAAGAAGAGGAUGAUGAAGAGGAAGCUUAUGAAAGUGAUAGCACUGAUGAAGUUGAUUCGGGAAAAAUAGUUAUUGACGAAAAAAGUAAUCAAUCGUCUUACAUUCAAUUUUUAAAAGAAGAUGAUAGUGAAAAUGAUAAAAAUGAUGGCGAUUCAAAAUCAUUAGAAGUUAGAAACAAACCAUUUAAAGAACCAAAUAGUACCAUGUACAUACAAAUGGAAUUUUGUGAAAAAAGUACUUUAAGAAUAGCCAUAAACGAAGCUGGCUCUGUUCCAUUGUGCGAAGACGACAGAAGAUUAUGGAGAUUAUUUCGGGAAAUAGUUGAAGGAUUGGCUUACGUUCACGGACAAGGUAUGAUUCACAGAGACCUUAAACCUGAAAACAUAUUUUUGGAUUCGAAUGACCACGUAAAAAUUGGGGAUUUCGGACUGGCAACAGUCAGCGUGGUAUCAAAGUGCUUUUACCUUCAAGCGGAAACAUCUCUUGCCGCUGGUGACGCGUCGUCGCAAAAUUUAUACGAUGAUUUUCAUACGGGAAAAGUUGGAACUUCUCUAUACGUUGCUCCCGAAUUAGACAAGACUUUCGGAAAAUCUUUUUACAAUAAAAAAGUCGAUGUUUAUAGCCUGGGAAUAAUUUUUUUCGAAAUGUGUAACGGUCGUUUUGAAACCGACAUGGAAAGGAUCGAAACGAUUUUAAAUUUGAGGAAGAAAGAAAUAAAUAUGCCUUCGUCUUGGAAUGAAAAAUUGCAAAAACAAAAAAAUUUAGUUAAAAAAUUAUUGAAUCACGAUCCGAAAUCAAGGCCGUCUUGCCAAGAAAUUCUCGAAGGGAAUUACCUUCCGCCAGCCGAAUUCGAAAGCGAGCAUUUACAAGAAAUAAUGAGACAAACAUUAUCGAAUUCGAAAAGCAAAGUUUACAAAUACUUGAUAUCAUCUUGCUUUGAUCAGGAAACUCGCAUGGAAGAAGAUUUAACGUACCAAUUGGAAAACGUUCGCUCGGAAAAACAACAUUUUCUCAUAGAUUCGGUCAAGGAAAAAAUGGAAAGUGUAUUAAAAAAACAUGGCGCUCUCUAUUUUUCAUCUCCGCUCCUAUUGCCGCAAAAUAACGAAAAUAAAAAAGUCGAAACGAAAGUAAAGCUCAUGACACAUUCCGGAAGCAUAGUAAACUUGCCUUACGAUUUAAGAAUUUCAUUUGCCAGAUAUUUGGCGUGCAAACCGUUCACGAGACUUAGAAGAUAUGCCGUGGAAAAAGUUUACAAGGAAAAAAAAGUUCACGGCCUUCAUCCUAAAGAACAAUACGAGUGUGCUUUUGACAUUGUUGCACCAUCACGAUCCAUCGGAAACGCCGAAUUGGAAGUUUUAUCACUGAUGGAAGAAACCGUUAAUGAAUUUAAAUCUCUGAAAAAUCGUAAUUGCGUCUUACGACUAAAUCAUUGUUUUCUUUUAAAAGCCGUUUUAAUACAUUUCAAUUCUGAAAAAUGGUUUUCUGAUGUAUUUAGAAUUUUAUCAACGGCUAAGGAUAACAAAUAUUUUAAAAAGAAAUUGGAAAUAAAUUUACAGGGAAUCGGAAUUCAAAGCGUAAAUACAUUAUCAAAUUUAUUUUUAAAAGAGGAUUCGUUAUGCAAUAUAAAAAAAGAACUUUUAUCGCUGACGAAUAAAAGAGGGAAAACUUUGGAAAUGCUCAACACCGCAUUUGAUAAAUUACAACGAGUGAUAAAUGACGCCGAACAAUAUGGCCUUAACGUACCGAUUAAAAUAUGUUUAGGCACCGUGUGCAAUUCUGAACACUGUUCGGAUAUAAUGUUUGAUUUAGUGUACAGAAUGAAAAUAACGGGGAAAAAAGAGGGAUGCAUCACUCUGAUGAAAUUAUUUGAAUUAACUCCGGUAAAUGCGGAAAAUGAUUCGCAAUCUGCGGUCGGAUUAACAAUUUUUCUAGAUAAAAUUGUAACGGUUUUAAAAGAAGAUGACAUCGUUUCCGAAUACGUCGUUAUUUGUUCCCUGGAUAAAAAUCCAUUUUCGAAAGUCAAAGACUCCGUUUUUAAAAAAUUAUGGGAAGCCGGCGUAAAAUGUUACGUCGAACAAACGAUUCAGACGUUGGAAGAAUUAACGGAUUAUUGUCGAGAAAAUAAAAUAAUUCAAAUGAUUUAUUUAAAAGAGAACGAGAGCGAUUUCGCAUACGUCAUGUCGUGGGACGGAGAUAAAAAUCAUUAUUUGGAAAAAAAGAUGAACGUUCGAGACGUAACGGAUUAUUUUUUAAAAUAUAUGAAAGGAUUCGACAGUUCCCAGCACUCAUCUACAUUUUCCACACGUCAGAGUUGGGAUUAUUCGAUCGGACGAAAUUUUUCCGGCGACAGCAUGAACGGAAAUCAAAAUAUAAACGUGCAUUUAAUAAGCGAUGAAAAAUUAACGUCGAAUCAAAGGAAAAGAUGCGAGAAUCAAAUAAGAAAUCAAUUGACGUCGAUCUCCGGUAAAUUUUCCUGCAGGACUCGUUUGGAAAUAAUCGGAGUGCAUUUGGACGAGCAAAAAGUCAAAGAACUAUCGUUGAAUUUUAAAAUGAUGGAUUCGUCGUGCAAUUCGGAUAACGAUUUUAAAUCCGACAGGAGUUGGGAGAAGAAGCAAAAUAAUAAAAUCUAUUCGAAAAUAAGAAACAUCAUUUCCGACAGCAAUUCAAACACGGUUAUUAUUUUAUACAGUUUAAUAAACGAUAAAUAUUUUUUUAUAAUGGGAAACGAUUAA